CGUUAUCGCCUCUCUUACGAUGCAUCCAACAUCAUCCGGCUUGGCUACCGGCGUGAAUAAGAUCAGCCCCCACGACAGGAAGUAGAAGAAGUUCUAGGAGAGUGUCUAUGUAGAAAGGGAUACAAGAAAUUGGAAAUGAACUACCACGUGUUCCAGCUAUUCUUCGUCAUUCUGGAAUCAUUGCGGUGACGAAAGUGGGCAAACCGCUCGACAUCUCUGCAGAAUGCUGGAAGCAAAAUGAAUAAUUGGCUCAUAGUUUCACUGUUGCUUUGCAUCUUUGGCUUCUUAAAAGAGUUGCGUCCAUCCGAGCCAUUUAUAUAUGAAUUUUUAAUUGGAGAAUGGAGAAAUAUAACAGACGAGGAAGUAAACCAGCAAGUGUAUCCCACAGGAAUUUACAGCUACCUAUCAUUAUUAAUAAUUGUGUUUCUAAUAACAGACCUAACUCGUUAUAAGCCCUUGAUAAUAUUCUUGGGAUUAUCAGGAAUUGUUGUAUGGAGUAUGUUGUUAUGGACUAAGGAAGUUCGAGAAUUGAUUAUUUUAGAGGUUUUUUAUGGAUCUUUUAUGGCAUGUGAAGUAGCUUAUUAUACCUACAUCUAUGCCAAAGUUGAUAAGGAAUAUUUCCAACAAGUAACUUCACAUACAAGGGCUGCGAUAUUAGCUGGAAGAACGAUUUCUGGAAUUCUGGGACAAGUUCUUAUUUCUUAUAACGUAAUGGAUUUUCGGCAGUUAAACUACAUUACUUUAGGAGCUAUAUCAACAGCAACUGCAUGGAGCCUGUUUCUGCCAUCCGUGAAAAAAUCCAUUUAUUUCCAUCAAGAAGAAGCACAUGUUUUGACUUUAAAAGAAAAAUGGCGGUACGCUUUUUUCUCAAUAUGGAAGCAUUUUAAAUAUGCUUACUCAAAUAAAUACACCUUAAAAUGGUCAAUAUGGUGGUCGCUUUCAACGUGCGGUUUUAUGCAGGUUCAAAUUUACAUGCAACCCUUAUGGACAGAGAUCGUAAAUGAUCAUGAAUUGCCUAUUUACAAUGGAUAUGUGGAGGCUUGCUGUACAAUUUUAGGAUUUUUAGGAGCAUUAUUAGCUGGAUAUUUAAAACUAAAUUGGGAGAAGUGGGGCGAAUUAGCUCUUAGUUGCUGUUCACUUAUUCAAGGAACAGUCUUAUUUUUAUCUUCAUAUACAAGUUAUGUAGAAGUAAGUUAUGUCAGUUAUGUAAUAUUUGGAGGACUUUACCAAUUCUUAAUUACAAUAGCUAGCACUGAGAUUGCCAAGAAAAUACACGAAGAUAGUUAUGGGUUGAUAAUGGGAAUUAAUACAUUUUUAGCUCUCGCCAUUCAAACUGUUUUGGUUGUAAUAGUUGUUUCUGGUGAUCUUGGUUUCGGCCUUACUCCAAGACAUCAAUAUUUUGUAUACGGAGUUUUUCAUGUUUUAUUAGGGGUACUGUAUAUAAUAAUAGGAACAAUUGGGUAUGUUAUGAAUAGAUACAGAAAUCCGGAACCUCAAAAUUCAUCAUAGCCUUUUUAUGUUAAAUGGAAUAACUACAUGACAAGACUUAAAUGUAGUAAUAGGUAUAGUAUUUUCCAUAAUUUUUAUAACUAACUAUUUUAGGCAAAAUUUUCAUAUAUGAAAAAAAUUAAAUUAGUCGAUAAUUAGUAGUAGAAAUAAUAAAACAAAAAUAAUUAAUUACACCAAUACCUUUUUUUCUAGAAGAUUGAAAAUGCGUGUAUUGUGAAAAAUUUAAAAAAAUUAAAUCGAUUGACGUACCAGCGAAAAGUGACCAAAAAUAUCUGGGAAUAAUGGAUAUUUAAACGAGUUUAAACUUCUGUAUUUUAAAUGGCUACCCUAAUGUAUUUACAUACUUGUAAGUAUACAUUACAUUGUAUAUAAAUACUUAUAAAGGGUGUCCCAAUAAGAGCGCACGUUUUAAUUGGUAAAUAAAAGUCAUAAUUUAUUUUAAA